AGAGCCACUGCCACCACUGCUGCCCACGGCCACCCACACCACACCACACCAAUACACCAUACCAGAAGGAGCAAAAAUAAGACGAGAUGGCGGACGAGCGCUUGCCUCAAACGGCCGGCGCCCGCACGGCUCUCGCCAGAGCUACUGGAUCCUCGGCACGGAAACGCGCCCGCGAUAGUUAGGUGCGCCUGUGGGCCCGGCCGGCUCGUCACUUACAUAGGCGCACGCACCCCCGCCUGGUGCGUCGUCGAUCGCUGCUUUGCUGGCGCGCGGCGGCCCUGUGUGGCACAGUAGAGGUCUGCUGAGGACGACGACCGGAGGCGUGCUGCGUGGAUGGUCCUCAUGGCCGGGAUGCUCCCCGGCGUGGAGUGCGCGCGGCGGCGGCGGGUCCGGCAGGGCGGGGCGGGGAUGGGAGCGGAGGCGGCCGGAGGAGGCACGGGGCGGCGGUCCUCCUUCUGCCUGUACGCGGCCGGCCACGGCGGCGCCGGCAAUUCUGGCAAGCGGAGCGGCGGCGUGGUGCACGGGCACGGGUGGACGCUGGACAGCAAUGCCCGGGAGGCCAAGGAGCGGCUGGACCAGAAGCUCAGGACCAAGAGGGAGGCCGCCAUCAAGAGCAGGCACCACAGCACGGGGAGCAUAAAGCUGGGCGUGCCGCACCGGAGCGCCGGCGCGGACGAGCGCGGCGAGAGCUCCGCGCCGGCGAUGGCCGGCGUGCAGCGCGAGGUGUACUCGAAGAAGGGCGUGAUGCGGCGGCUGAUGCGGUGGAGCCGGCCGCGGUGGGCCGCGGCGGAGCAGGCGGAGUGCGCGGUGUGCCUGGACGAGUUCCGCGCGGGCGACGUGCUGGCGCACCUGCGCUGCGGCCACCGCUUCCACUGGGCCUGCGCGCUGCCCUGGCUCGAGGGCACCUCACGGUGCCCCUUCUGCCGCGCCGCCGUGGACGCCGGCGCCGCCGCCGCCGCCGACGGCGCCUAGAAGCGGCCGAGGCUCUGGUCUUGCUGGGGCUUGCCCUGGGCUGGGACGGCGCGGGGCGCCUUGUCGCUGUCGGCCCACGCCAGCUACGCUACCCCCAUGGCGUUGCCACGCUAGGCAGUGGCUAGUGGGGGUGGUCAUGGUGAGUGGUGACCGGCCUGCUUGUGCAUGUGGCGCGGAGCGGAGGAGGACAGCGAGACGCGCACGACGAACCCGUGAGUGCCUUGGCAGUUUUUGCACGCUUUGCGCGCGCAAAGGCACGGUUGGUGCACAUUUGUUGGUUGGACCGUUUGGCCCCCCUUUGCCGUGUCCUCCUCCCAUCAUCGCGAGCAAGUGAUGAACGGUUUUGUUUUCGUGUUUGGGGAGCGCUUUGUUUAUGGACUCUGGUAUUAGCGGAUAGCGGUUCCAUCAUGUAAUUCAUGUCAAAAAAAAAAAGAUCGUCUGAUCGAUCUUGGAGAAAGAACUGUAAUUUAGAUCAACAUCAAUCACAUCUGUGUACAGUCUCAGUGUUGUUGCUCUGAACUUGUAUAAUUUUCUGUUUGCUCAGUUGAAGGUAAAUGCAGUUGGAGGUGAGGUCUCUUUAGAA